AUGAUUGGACAAUCCACUCGACGAUGGCUUCAGCUGUCUUUCCUUCUUAUGGCUGGCACCGCUUCAGCAGGAUCCCUCAAGUUAACCGACUUUGAGUCCAUCGGCGACAAGUCAUUCCCGUCAACCUGUGUUGCAGCAUACGAUACGCCGCUCUCAGACUGUACCCCCGAUGACUUUACUGGUGGCAAGGCAUGUAGUGCUGCGUGCAAAGACUCAGUGCAACAAAUCCAGGGCCUCAUCAUGGCCUCGUGUGGUGACGUCUCAGCCGAUUCGGAAUCUCUUCUUAGCCGUGGCCAGAAGGGCAACCUCGUCGCUGUUCUCUGCCGAAACGCCGACGAGUCUCAAUCCCAAUCUGAAGCUCAAUCACAAGCACAGUCUGAAUCUAAGUCUGAGCCCCAGUCUGUCUCCGAGACCGAAACUCAAGCUCCAGCCACAACGACGACAGGAUCAGCGUCUGCUACCAAGGUCCACAAGAACAUCCUCAUCGAGACGAGUGUUUCUACCACUACGACUUCAAAGGAAAGCCUGAACGGGGCCCCCUUGUCCGACGUGGACGAAAACCUCGCCACCAAGAGCACUGUUCUUGCCAUCGACACUGAACAGCCUACAGGCUCUCUGCCUCUUCCCAAAGCUCCCACCCAGGUGUUCACCUCAGUGACACGAUCGAGCGCUCCCAGCCAGACGGCCGAGGCAGCCAUCGAGGAGCCAACUCCUACGCCCACGACCGCGGGCGGAGCUGUCCACGCUCCCAGCUUCAACUUUAUGUGUGCAUCUUUCGCCAUGUCCGCACUCAUGUACAUGGUCGUCAACUAA